UUUAGCAACAGUGAUCUGACAGAUCCCAGUAAAAGGAUUAGGAUGUCUGAAAUUUGGGGUAACUCAGAUCAGAGUGGAUCCAAUCCUUCUGAUAGUAUGUCCGGAGAAGGACCUCAGGAUGCAGAUUAUUCCGACAUUUCGUCUCUUAGCUACGAGUUAGAGAGUCUAAUUUUUGCUAGGCUCCCAAGGUCGGAGCAUUGGAAAUUAAACUUUGUGAACAAGAGGUGUAUGAAUCUUCUAAAAAGCGGCGACCUUUACCAGAUCAGAAGAGAGAUAGGAUUUAGAGAGGCUUCCGUUUUCAUGUUUGCGAGUGGGGAAAGGAGUUGGUGGGCAUUUGAUCGCGAAUUCAAGUCCCAUAGGAAGCUCCCGGUUCUCCCAUCAGAUCCUUGUUUUGCCUCUGGGGAUAAAGAAUCACUUUGUGCUGGCACUCAUUUGCUCGUUUCGGGCAGAGAGAUCGAUGGUCUGGUUGUUUGGAGGUAUGAAUUGGCUGAGAAUAAAUGGUUCAAAGGUCCAUCCAUGAUCAGCCCAAGAUGCUUGUUCGCGUCUGCAACUUGCGGUGACUGUGCUUAUGUGGCCGGUGGCAUGGGGGCUGGUUUGGGAACUGUCCAAAUCUACGACACGGCUGAAAAAUAUAACCCGGACAGUGGAUCCUGGGAACAACUUCCUAGGAUGAAAAGGAAGAGGAAACUCUGCUCCGGAUGUUACAUGGACAAUAAGUUUUACGUGAUCGGAGGUAGGAAUGAAGAUGGAGAGCUAACGUGCGGUGAAUUCUUUGAUGAGGCGAGAAACAGAUGGGAACUGAUACCAGACAUGCUGAAAGAUGAUCCUGUGCAAUCAUCACACUCGCCUCCUCUCCUUGCAGUAGUAAAUAACGAGCUUUACUCGCUCGAGGCUUCUUCUAAUCAGUUGAAGGUGUACAUAAAGAAGAGUAAUGCAUGGAAGCAGUUGGGGGCAGUUCCGGUUAGAGCCGAUAGCAACAGAGGUUGGGGAGUGGCGUUCAAGUCGUUGGGGAACCAACUUCUUGUAAUAGGAGCAUCAGCUGUUUCUUGUGGAGGUAAUAACAUGGCUAUAUACACAUGUUGUCCGGAGGGUGAUGAGCUGCAGUGGGAGCCUUUUGAUAGUGGCAGAAAUCGGCUUAGCCACUUCAUUUUGAACUGCUCUGUUAUGAUGGCCUGAGUUCAAACUAUUGGAAGAAGAACAAAGAGACAGGAGUGUUUGGGUAGUCAUAUUUUCUUACUAUUGCAGAUAGACACUGAUGAUGGUGCCUGUGUUAUUAUCCUCCUUUUCUUCUUCUAAGGGAGUUUUAAUGCACCUUAGACUAUAAAUACAUCUCAACCUAUAUUUAUUUAUAUACUAAUUUUAUUUCCCCUCAUCUUUUCUCUCA